AUGGACCCGAGUUUAGAUUUCGACGUGAGGGGGAAGCCCCUGUCGCAGGCGCGCCACUGGUCGGCGCCGGAAGUGUUCGGCUCCAGGGCCUACUUCCGCACGGUAUCCGAGCCGGCGCAGCUCGUCAUCGACGACAUCCGGCGUCGCGACGAAGGCGUCUACCGGUGUCGAGUGGACUUCAGGAACGCCCAAACCCGCAGCUUCCGCUACAAUCUCACGGUCAUCGUUCCACCGGAACCACCGACCGUCCUGGACAAAUGGGGCAGGCACCUCAACAAAACCAUCGGGCCCUACAACGAAGGCGACGACAUCACGCUGACCUGCCGCACGGUGGGCGGCCACCCGACGCCCGUCGUCCGGUGGCUGGUGAACGGGCUCAUCGUCGACGAUGAAUUCGAGCACAACGCCGGCGACGUCAUCGAGAACAUCCUCACGUGGCCGGCCAUCCGCCGGAAGGACCUCGACGCGCUCUUCACCUGCCAGGCCGUCAACACCAAGCUCACCGAGCCCAAGGAAGCUUUCGUCGUGUUGAAGAUUAACCUGCGACCUUUGACUGCUGAGAUAAUGGAGGUGAAAGGACCUCUGGUGGCGGAUAAGCGGUACGAAGUUACCUGCCAGUCGGCCGGAUCUCGUCCUCCUGCUAUAAUUACUUGGUAUAAAGGCAAGCGCCAGUUAAGAAGGACGAAGGAGGAAACACGAGAAAACGUAACGAUAAGCGAGUUGAGUUUCGUCCCGACGACGGAAGAUGAUGGAAAAUCCAUAACAUGCAGAGCAGAAAAUCCAAACGUCACCGGCCUUUUCCUGGAGACUUCGUGGAAAAUCGACGUAGUGUAUCCCCCCAUCGUGACGCUGUGCCUGGGGAGCACCCUCAAUCCGGACGACAUCAAAGAAGGCGACGACGUGUACUUCGAGUGCCACGUGACGGCCAAUCCCGUUUGGAGGAAGCUCACCUGGCUACACAACGACGUCAUCUUGAAUCACAACUUGGCGAGUCGCACGAUCUUCAGCAACCAAAGCUUGGUGAUGCAGAAGGUAACGCGACAGAGCGCCGGCAGAUACAGGUGCUCGGUGGUGAAUUCCGAAGGGGAGACAGUCAGUGACGAAUUGAACUUCAGGGUGCAAUACGCACCCAUUUGCAAGUACGACAAAGUGACGAUAGUGGGCGCUUCGCGCGGCGAAAGCGUCGACAUUUCCUGCGAAAUAGAAUCCGAUCCGCCCGCGAGAUCCUAUCGAUGGAAGUUCAACAAUUCCGGCGAAACGUUGGACGUCGCCUCCGAGCGCUACGCCAAAACCAGCAACGGCACCACCAGCAUCCUGCGGUACACGCCCGUUUCCGAGCUGGACUACGGCUCUCUCUCCUGCUGGGCCUCCAACAUCGUCGGGCACCAGUCGGAGCCCUGCGUCUUUCAACUAGUCGCUGCAGGAAAACCGUUUCCAGUAAAAAACUGCUCGUUGUCCAACCAAACCAGUAGCUCGGUGGAGGUGUAUUGUCUCUCCGGAUUCGACGGGGGUCUUCCGCAGCACUUCGUUCUGGAGUUGUACUCCUCCAAUUCCGGUUCGCCCAGAUUCAACAUGACCUCCUUCGCGGAGCCGUACUUUUUCCUGGACAAUCUGGAACCCGACGUCACCUUCAGGAUAGCAAUUUACGCAGUGAACGUCAAAGGAAGAAGCCACGGAGUAGUCCUCGAGGAACUAACUUUCAGAGACGCCGAAAAGAGAACCGCUCAAGACGGCGACCUGACCUUCUCCCCUAUACUGGGCGUCCUCGUCGGCGCCACCUUCACCGUCAUAAUCGUCAUCUUCCUCAUCAUCGUACGAAUCAGAAAAUCCCAAAACGCCUCCGGCAGCGGCGUCCUCGAGCAGAAGGUCUCCGCCGGCACCACUCACCAUCAAAACACCACGUCUUCCACCAAACCCCUGCUCAGAAGCGCCUCUCCCAGAGACGCCGACGAACGGGAUCCCGACGUCAUCCCCGCCAAAUAUGGUUCUCCGGAAGCGGAAGGUGACAGACGGGUGGUGAUAGGAAGUUCCGGUUCACAAACUAUGCCUGCUAGAAGCCUUCCAAAAGCGCAGACCUACGCCCAAACCAGCAUGCCGUCGCCGCAAUGGGUUAGUCCGGUUACAAACGAACAGUAUCACCAGUACAACAAUCCGGUUGCGAUGGUGAGCGGGACGUACCCGAGGGAGACGCGACCGAAGGACCUGCGCCUGGGAAACGGAAGUUCGACGGUUCACAGCGCGGUCGAUGUGGAACUCAACGGUCUGGCCAUAAAGGAGAGGCUGAUGGCGAAUCGGCUGCCGGAAAGUUGCGUUUGAAGCGGUCGUUUUUUGGUAUUCCGACGCUUUGUUUACCGUCCACGAUAAGUAGCGAUCGAAUGAGGAUUUUCUGUAAGGCAUUUAGCGCUGAACACGAUGUGGAAUUCGAACGGGGAUUCUUUCGAAGAGCGGAGAAAUAAAAGGAAUCGUGUUACCUAUAGGUAGUGGAAGCGAAAUGACAAUGAAUUUAGAAUGAAGUUCUUUGUUUUCCGCCUUCGAAGUAAUAGAUAAAAGUUCGUUUCUGGCAUUCUAAGCAGCGUGCUUUACUUCAUCGGCGGAGUCCGAAAACUGGGAAAGAAGUGCAAUAAAAACGGUCGGAAAGUUUUUUGCGAAAAGAAAACAGGAGAAAAAGGCGACACGGGGUGAACUAGGAAACUUUUCAAUGUACUGAACUUUCGGAACUUAGGAAGAUGAGGUGAAACUUUAAACCAAUUAAGAAUUUAAUUGCUUUUAAUCUGGUAGCGGUUUAUUUGUAUGUUUUCUCGACUAAUUCUUCUAGAGGUUUUUGUUUCAAAGAGGAAUUAUCGUUCGGAUGAUUUGGAUUAUUUGUUUUAUUCAAAGGAGGAAAUGAAGCAAGGAAGUAUUUUUGUCAAGCAAGUGAAAUGUGUUGGACGACAAAUAUUUAUAGAAAAUUGUCAUUUAAAUAUCGAUUUUUGUUUAAUACCGAUGCGAAUUGUUUAGACUGAACUUAUUAAAGUGAACUAGUAUUAUCGGAUAUAGAUGGAAAUAAAUUUUAUGGACAAUCUCGUGUAUUGUAUCUACAAUUGUUGUGCGUUUUUAUAAUAGGCGUUAAUGAGUAUUUGCUGAAUUUCAAUAAAAAUUUCCUAAAAUAUUCUCGAAAUUAUGAACCUACUUGUUAUGACUGAGAUAAUCUAAACAUAUUUUGUUCGUACACAUCAAAUGUAACGAAACACAUAUCUAUUAAAAAUUUUGUUUAUUUCCUCUAUAUUUUUCCAGUUAUACCAAUCUUUUCGUAUAAUUAAAAAGAAACUGUUAAAUUUACUGUUCCAAAAAAAUAAUGAAGCCAAUAAGGGAAAAAUAUAAAGGAAACAACGGUAAAUUUGUGUAAAAAAAUCAAAAUAUCGAAUUGUUUACCCACUUUUCCGUUAUAUCAUGUAUUUUGUAAAUAAUUGUAAAUACUUAUGUUAAUAUUGUACAUAAGUCCAUGUGGCAUAUCUGUACCUACAUAUCGAAAAGGUACGAAUGUUCAAAAUUAAAAUAAUAAUUAAGUAAAAAAGUGUUAUUUUUUAACAAAUUAGAUGGUCCGCACUUGUUGUUUAUGCGCUACUUUGUUUUUUAAUAAUAAUUUUCCUCUAAAAAACAUAUCUAUAAAAAAAACAUUUUUAAGCAUUGACAAUUAAUUCAAACUUAUUAAUCAACGUCUUCGUUAUUAUAAUUAAUGCAUGUCUAAUAGGAAUAUUUUACUUUACAUAUCCAUACGCACUAAACUCGAAAAUUAUUAUUAGGAAAACAAGCUAGUCCAAACUGAAUUAGUGGUAAAAUAAUAAUUAUUGUGAUAUUUUUCGUAGGCUAACGGUGUUUAGC